AUGUUUGAUAUCGCGAGCUUGUUGAAAGCCACGCAGGAGGGGGUGUUUGGCGUAGGGAGCGAGAAGGAAAGGGGUGAGGAGAAGGAAAGGGUCGGGCCGCCGACACCGAGGAAUUUGCAGCCUUCUUUCGAUCAUCGGUUGCCGGUCACACCUCGAGCGACACUGGCGCCUGAAUCGCAGUCGCAAAUCACGCCCAAAGCGACGGAAUCCACCGUCGAGGCGAACUCUCCCGAAGUCGAGGACAUGACGACCCCGACUUCGCAGCCGCAAGCGCCUUUCCGACCCGUGACCAACGAGUCCUCACCUUCGACUUCACCUUCGGCUUCAAAGGCUACGUCGUACACCAAUCGGAAGGAGCCGCCAAAGGUCGAUCUCAAGCUCGAGAUGGAGCUCGAGAUGGAACGCGCGAUGGCGAGCUCGACCGAAUUUCUUCCCGGUUCGGCGGAUCGUACAUCGUUCGCGCCGGCUUCGGUUCCGACACUGCCGCUUUUGUCCCCACCAGCUAGGUCACCGGGAUCCGUCAUUUUGCCUUACCAGGAGCCGGUCAAGUUUGGCGAUGCAUCGAUCGCUGUCGCACCGUCACCGUCGCAGACGAAACGGAGACGCUCGUUGGGCUCGAUCUUGAAUCGCAGUCCUUCAAAGGACAGGUUGAACACGAUCAGUGGCUCCAGCAACACCUCUCGAUCGACAACGCCCGAACCCUCGAUGUCGACGUCGACGUCUGCGAAUUCUCUGUCGGGUCCUUCAACGUCGACGAAUGGCCAGCCUCCUGCUCUGGGGCCGAUCGCCCUCAGGGGCAUACAGGACUCGGCCGUCCACAAGUCUUUGCCUCCUACGCCGACGGGCUCACAGGUCUCGAAUUCGCCGAGACCGCAACUCGCUGAUGAGCCUCCAGCAGCGGGGAAGGGGGAUGCGGCGAGUGGACCGGGUCGAUCUUUUCUUCCGAAAGGGAAGAGCUCGACCACUGGAUCGGUCUUUCAGGUCAUUUCGGCAACGACUUCGAAGCGACGACCUUCUUUCAGCUCCAACACCGUGCUCGACCACGACUUGCCGUAUCCUAGUGGUCCACCUCCACCGAUCCCAUCCGGCUCUCGUUCGACCUCGUCCUCCACGCUCGGUAAACGGAUCGUCGGCGUGCUCGCAGGCGGCACCAAACCGAAUUCGAUUUCGCACGAGAGGAAGGCGAGUCAAUUCGAUGUUUCGACUUUUCCGGGCGAGGAAAGUAGUCUCAACCCAUCUGCGAUCCCUUCGGCGCCUUUGGUCCGAAGGAAGAGUUUCUCGAACUUGCUCGGAGGGAUCGGGGAUAAGAAGCCGGCGCAGGCUUUGUUGGGCAUGUCCCUAUCCGCGGCGAGGAAGAGUGAAGAGUUCUUGGGGAGGUUCAAUGCCGGUGCGAAGAAGAAGGCGCAGAGUGGGGAGGUUGGUGGUGCUGAGCCAGGGGCCAGUCGGACGUCGUUUGAUGUGCUGAAUCGGCCGACGGAGGCGAAUAGGAGACCGAGUAUGGAUGCGUUGUCGGUGAGUCCCGGGAGGUGGUUGUAUACGUUCGCUGCGCUAGAAGCGAGAGGCUUACUCUUUGUUUUGAUCACGCGCAGAAUGGACCGACGAUUCAAACCCCUCCCAUCCUUCACAACAAGCAAAGCUACUCGUCCACCAUGUCGAGCGAAUCCUUACCGUCCAUCUCGAACGGAUCGAGCUCGUCCCUCUCGGAGAUAGGUCACGUCGAACGCGCGCAGCUCGUCCAUCAGACCUUAUCUUCGGGGAUGCCGUCGCGGUCCAUGGAAUCCGUCAGAGCGACGCGCGCGACCGCUCAUCUGAUUGGGACGAGCUCGACGAUGUUGGCACCGACGAGGUCGGCGAGCCCGACUUCGAGUGGAUAUCGGACCGCAUCGCCGACUCCUGCGAGGCCCCCCGACGCCUCGGCAGAAUCAACUCCGGCGGAACGUGCAUCGCUCGUGAACGGCAAGAGCUUGCAGUCGUCUUCGACCUCGCACCCGAUCAAAUGGCGGAAACGCGUCAGAGGUGUAGCCCCUGUCUCUGGCGCCGAGUCGACGUUUUCAAAGACGUGGCUCAAGAUGGAGGAUGCACUAGCUACGUGAGUGAACGACGUCUGAGUAGCAAGCCGUAUCUCGUUUUGAAGCUGACAGCUGGGUUCGGCACUCUCACCAGGUACAAAGCGGCGGUGCGCGAGAAUCGCGGCGAUCGCGGCCCGCUCGUCAGCGGCACGAUCCUCGCGUUCCUUCGGACUCAAGAGGACGCACCUUCCCCUCGCGUUACGCCUUCACUCGCAACACAACAGCGGCAGGUGUUGUUUGGGUGGUUGGACGUCUUGACGACCGAACUGCGCGAGAUGCAGCCGACGCACCGAGGGAUCUGUCUCGAGGCCGUGGCGGCGAUCCUUGAGUGCCACUUUACGUCGACGCUCGAGCUCCAGGACGACGAGGCGUCGCAAGCGCAGUACCGAUCCGCGGUCGUCAAAGUCUUGUCGUUCGCGAUCGAGAAACUCAACGACAAGGCCGUGUAUGCCAACACCCUCGUUUUCUCCGGUCGAAUCCUCGCUCUGUCGUUCUUUCGCAUCGAAGGUGUCGCACUUAAAUUGCUCAAGGCCUUGCCACCGAUCAAAAAGGCGUACCUUCGACGCAUCCUCGAAGAAGUCGGCGUCGACGAAUACAACCUCCCUGCGAUCGAUCUCGACGUCUUCCCUCCCCACCUGUGGGAUCUGUGUCUGCGUGACAUGCGCUCGUAUACGAAUCUGCUUCUUCCGACUGUGGCGAAGCCGACGACGGAGGACGCUAGCGUGCUGGUCUCGGAUGGCGAGGUAGUGAUUGACAUGUCGGGCAAUUGGUGCGUGUGGAGUUACUCUGGGUGUGAAUAGCAGACGCUGACUGAAAGCGAGUGAUUCGAUGCACAGGCUUAUUCGAUGGACCGCUUCCGACUCGGACUUGCCCUUUGCGUUCUACCGCGCGUACCAUCGUCAACUCGCCGCUCAGCUCGUCCCCAUUGAAGCACGCGAAGAGUUCAACUCGCUGCCUCCUGUCGAUCCCUCCGCCGUCAUCACGGCUCCCGGAUGCUUGUUCCUCGCCGCCUCGAUCCUUGAAAAGACCGACGCACUGAUCCAUCGCAACCUUCGGUCCGUCACGUCCAUCACGCCGAACAAUAGCAACUUCAACACCAACGACUCGGCGAACCUCAGCUUUGGUCAGAAACCCAAGAUUCUCGAGUUGGCGAACCGACGCGUCGUCGCGACUUUGCUCGACAUCGUCGGAGGGUCGCCUGCACCGCCGGGGGAUACGACCUCGACGCUUGCGAAUUCGGACGCGGAGACGCGCCGACGGGUGUUUGGCAAGAUGCUGCAGCUUUGGAUCCGAGCUUGUGUCAAGAAGACGUCGCUUUGGGAUACGCGAUCGGUGUUCAUCCUUCUUGAUCUGCUCGAAGGGAUGAUCUACACACUCUCUUACCCGCCUCCUUCGGCGUCCAAGAACAUGGACGACGAACAUAUCGUACCGCGCCCGGCGGAGUCGUGCCUCGAGAUGUUUGAUAUCCCCUUCAUCUUUUCGUUCAUUCGGAUCAUCCUUGCCGAGGCGGAUAAUACGGUUACGGUGAUGCGUACGAUCGCGUUCAUUUAUGCCCAUUUUGAGAUGUGAGUCGGCGUUCUCGUUCGCGUGAUCUUUGCUUCGCGGGUGUGCUGACACUUUUGCUAUCGCGAUUCUUCCCAGUUUCACUCUUCGGCCUUCGGAUCGCAAGGAACUGUGCGAGAACAUCAUUUUGGACAAGGUGCUCUUCCCUCGUCUCUACUUGCACUGGAACGCCGGCGUCCGAGGCUACUUUAUCCGACUGCUCGUCUGGCGCCUCGCUCGUCUAGGCGUCGUCGAUGCGGAGCAACAUCCCGACGCACCUCGUGAUCCCGCGAUUCUUGCGCUGUUCGGACUCAUGAACGUACGACUCGAAGCAAUUCGCCGUCGACACGACGAGCUCGAACCUCUUGAUACUUUGACCGACGAUGACAUGUUCAAGCCGAAACGAUCGACGAUCUGCUCGACGCGCGGCGUCAAGGAGGCACCUUUCACCGUCGAUGAGCUCGUCGGCGCAUUGCCGGAGGACUCGGAGGAUUCGGAUAGUGACGACGACGAGGUCAAGCAGGAGAUGUUCAGAUCGUCGCCCGCGUUGACGUCGUCGUCGUCGUCGUUCCCUCCUUUACCAGGUGAUGGGUCGUCGACGCCCCCCAGUUCGGCGAACGGCUCGGGCGGGAAGAAGGGCGUCCCUUCCGUCGCUCGCGUGGUGUCGUGGCUCAAGGGUGGUCUCGGCAAGAAGCAACAUGCGUCCGGCAAGCAGUCGAGCAUCUCGAGCAUGGAGGAGCUGAGGUCAAACUCUCGUAUCAAUCCUUUCAUCCUGGAUAGCGUUGCAAGUGCCAAGAAUAAGCUUCGCAACCCCCGGCAACCGAACGGCACUGGAUCGUCGGCGUCGUCGGUCAGGAGCCUCUCGUCGGUCGACUCGGCCGAUUCGGCGGCGCGAUCGAGUCCCGAGCAGAGCGAUCCGGCUUGGGCGACGGUGCCUUCGACGCCUGAAUAUGGGGAAGCGGCAGAUACUCCGAUGCCUUUGGAUCCGAGACCUUCGUCGCCGGCGUUCUUUGCGUUCGAAUUCGAAGGUGCUGCCGUUGCUCCCGCGGCGGCCGAGACGCCCCCCAUCGUCGGUGACUCGAUGCCUCGAUCGGGUGGAGCUCCUUCGAUCAGCGGAUUAUCGAUCGUUUCGGGUGAUACGGUGUUCCCUCAACAACCUCGACGACGAUCGAUGUUGCUCCAUGGCGCUGCCGGUGCGAAUGGAAGCGGCGGUGGUACGAACGGACUGGUCUCGCCGCGCGUCUCGUUGCGUUUCUCGAAACGGAUCUCGAUCCUGCCCCCCGCCGCAUUGGACCUCUUCCGUGAAUCGGGUGCACCCGUGCCCGCCAUCCCCGAACGGUUUCGCGCCGAGGUCUAUGAUCGAACGUUGCAUCAGUACGCGGUGCGUAGUUUGAGGGAGUACGAGGACGCGUUGGACGAAUGGACCGAUUGGGUCGCGCGCUUGCAGCAGGAAGAGGACGAGGGUAAAAAAUUCAAUAAAGGUUUCGUCGACGCGGUGCCGAGGUUGGCGGUGAGUUGGCCGAGUAGUUUCGAGGCGGAAGAGUAG